GCAUAAAAGAAAUACACAACCCAGAAUGCCUUGCGCGCACAUGUGACCGGUAGAAAGGCCGGUACUGUAUAAGGAAAGGGAGGGAGGUGGUGCGUGCGCACGCGCGCUCUCGUGUUGUUGUCGGCGGCGGUAAGAUGGCGGCGCUCGGCGACACUUCGGCUCUGGGCCUCAACGGGUUAAUACAGCAGUUCACGGCUAUUACGGGGGCGACGGAGAGUGUGGGCAAGCACAUGCUGGAGGCAUGUGACAACAACCUGGAGAUGGCAGUCACCAUGUUCCUGGACGGAGGAGGUGUUGCUGAGGAGCCCAGCACGAGCUCCAGCUCCAGCGGUGCCCCCCGCAGCCGAGCACCCCCUACAGAGGAGGAGGUCCGAGCUCCGAUCCCACAGAAGCAGGAGAUUCUGGUGGAACCGGAACCACUGUACGGAGUGCCGAAGAGACGGCGUCCUGCCAGGUCUAUAUUCGAUGGCUUCCGAGACUUUCAGACAGAAACCAUCCGACAGGAGCAGGAGCUGCGCAACGGGAGCGUGGUGGACAAGAAACUCAGCACCUUGGCAGACCUCUUCCGGCCCCCCAUCGAGCUCAUGCACAAAGGCAGCUUCGAGACUGCGAAGGAUUGUGGGCAGCUGGAGAACAAAUGGCUCAUGAUCAACAUCCAGAACGUGCAGGACUUUGCCUGUCAGUGUCUCAACCGAGAUGUGUGGAGCAACGAUGCCGUCAAGGCCAUCAUACGGGAACACUUCAUCUUUUGGCAGGUGUACCACGACAGCGAGGAGGGUCAGAGGUACAUCCAGUUCUACAAGCUGAACAAGUUUCCAUACAUCUCCAUCCUGGACCCCCGCACAGGCCAGAAGAUGGUGGAAUGGAACCAGCUGGAUGUGUCCUCCUUUCUGGAGCAGGUGAUGGGUUUCUUAACGGAACACGGUCAGCUUGACGGGCUGUCCAGUCACCCUCCUCCCGCAAAGAGAGCACGCUCUGAGAGUUUGAUUGACGCCAGCGAGGACAGCCAGCUGGAAGCCGCCAUACGAGCCUCGCUGGAGGAGACGCACUACGAGUCCAAGCAGGAGCGGCCCGACUCGCGCUCAGAGGACGAUUCGGAGGCGGAGCCCUUCUCUGACAGUGAGGGCUUCAUUUCUGUGGAUGGAUCGGAUGAGGACGUGGACAAGGACGGCCCCUCACAGCCUGGCCAAUCUGUGCGUUCGGACAGCCCUGUCCGUCACAGGAAGUCCCCUCACAAAGAGUCCGCCCACAGAAAGGAGGAGAACAAGAAGAACCACGUGGAAGCGGCGGAUCAGUUGCAGUCCGGCGCAGAAGCCGAGCGUGCGGAGCAUCGCCACGCCGUACACAGCCAGAACUCUGCUUCGAGACCCAGCGAGCCCAAAGUCAUGGAUCGAGGUGACCUGGACCAAGGCGAAGACAGCGGUCCGAAGGCCCGGCUGAUGCUCCGGUACCCAGAUGGGCAACGAGAGCAGAUUGCGCUGUCCGCUCAGGCCACACUCAUGGCGCUGGUGAGACACAUCCAGUCCCGGGGUUACCCCAAUGAGCGCUUUGAACUUGUCACCAACUUCCCGCGGCGGAAGCUCUCUCACUUGGACUAUGGCAUAACGCUGCAGGAGGCAGGGCUGUGUCCACAAGAAACUGUCUUCGUCCAGGAGCGGAAUUAGGGCCCUGUGGCUCCGCCCCCACCCAGCUGCCCGCUUCCCUCCUUCAGACAUCGCUCCGCUCGCAGCCCGCAGAGGCGAAGACCACACUUGUCCUCCGCAGGGCACCCGUGCAGGGCUGGGUUUGGUGCCCCUUUCCUGUCGACUCUCCACAGGUGCGCUCAGUUAUCGAACACAGAUCCUCAGUCCUGACACUUCGUUGGGGCGUAGUGAGCCGGUCGAGGCACUCAGUGCUUGUUGGAUACAAAUGCUGUGGAAAUGUGUGAGAGAAGUUCCCCAAGUCUGGCUUCUGCAAGCGUAGAUGGCGGCUGAUGGCACGGUGCCAGGUACCUUCAGAAGAGGAGGGGUUCUUAGCGGCAUUGUUAGGAUAAUUUCAUCUCCUUACUGAGUCCCGAAGAGCUGCAAGGGGUGGAGACGCACCUUUUCGCAGAUGGGGAACCUGCGAGGGUUGGGUCAGCGGGGGCGGCACGUGUCCGCAGGGACAUGCAACGUGUUUGAACUGUAGAAGAACGCCGUAGUGGAUGAUGUGUAGUCGUAGGAUUAUCUUUCUUUUUUCCUUUUUACAUGCUACUCUACUCCUCAGAAGGUUGUUGAUGCUCAAAUAUAAUGAUCCAACAAAGGGAACUUCGCCUUUCUUUUUUUUCCUCUUUUCCCAUGGUUUGUUUGAGCACUGCAGCAAGGAGGAGGUGUGCUCAAACGUGUAGGUAAAGAGGCGCCUUAGCCCAGGAGGCAGCGCUCCUGUUUUGGUGGGGUGGGGCGGGGCGGGGCUGGUAAUUUGCAUACUGAAAGGCAUCCAGGCUGUGCCCUUAGUCCCGGGGCCUGUGAGAUGCACUGCUCGUCACUUGUUGGACACGAUACGUACUUGUGAACACCUGGAACCCUGGCACAGAAAACGACUGCAGCUGCUCUGGUUCGAGUUAUGAACACUUUGGAUAAGAGCCAAACGUAUGAGAAUGAUUUUCGACGCUGCAGUUACAAAGUCCCUGCAGAUGCUUCACAGUAGUGAGGUUCCUCAAAGCCACAGAGAAGUCUUUGCCACACAUUGUCAGACUGGUUUGAAGGCAUGUGUCACUGUGUUCCUUCUGUCUCCGCAACCUUUUAUUUCUCUCCAUUUCUGUCUCCUCGUUGUGUCGGCUUGCUGUGGGAAGGAGGGAUUUCCAGUGUACAAGAGCGAAGUUCCUGUGGAUCCGAAGAGAGGUUGGUUGUUUGAAGUGUCUUCUUCUAUGUCCACCAGGCCGCCACAUUAUGUGGCUUUGUUUCUGUCGCGUGGUUCAGAAGUGUACGAACCACUGGGAAACCCAAUCAAAGGAGCUGAAAGAUGGAUGUGUGGGGCUUCGCUCCUGGACUGAGAGCGUGGAGCUGGAUGGGGUCGGCUGCCUUGAAGAAACACGAUCACUGGGAUCUUGUGUAAAUAUCGAUCGGUUGACCACAACCACUGGCCCACUAACAUAUCAGGUGUCUGCAGUCAGAGCUGCUGUUGACCUUUAAAAUGCUGAACUGCACGUCCAUUUGCUUUGGUGCCGUUGUCCCUCUGCUCUUUCAGGCUUUUAUCAGUCAUCACAUCAGUGUCCCUCAUCCAGGUCACGUGUGUUGACUGCUCCCUUUAAAGUUUUAUUAAUUGUAAAUAAAUCAUAGUAGUGGGGUGAGUGUGUGUGUGUGUGUGUGUGUGUGUGUGUGUGUGUGUGUGUGUGAGAGAGAGAGAGAGACGUUGACAGCGUGUUCGUUUCUGAAUAAAAGUUUAUGUGCUUUAAAGGACCAACUUUUUUAUGUACACAACUUGUUCUAAUAUUUUACCUGAAAAGAAAUCGGCAAAUGAAUAAACAAAUUUUCCAGUACCUGUGUUCUCCAUGUAUGAUCAUCUGCUCAGUAACACACCGAGGCAGCGGCGUGCUGUUCACUGUCACUGCUGCCCAUUACACUCCCUCAGCUGGACCUGUGUCAGCAAGCGCAGUAGCUCCAAGAGGGACUGGCCGGGACCUGGUAAGACUUGCUGAAGCUCCUCCCCCAAGUGCUUGUCCACUAUCCUCCUCUGAUAGGGAACCCUACUGCUUUUGGCUGCUUGUUCUUUACUGGUGUCUUUAUACAUUAUUGCUUUGUACCUAUGGUCGCUGUUUAUUUUUGUCCCUAGCGGUCGUCCGUCGCUUCGGUGAUGGCUAGUAGCUGUUUACGGACUCUGCACACGGUAUUGUGCGGUGA